AUGGGAGUAAAAGGCCUGCUUCUAGGGUUAAACAAAAUUGGUUGGAUCAUAGCAGGAAAAUGCAGCGAAUGCAUCAAUUUAAGUGUAUGAGAUCGUGAUUUUGCAACUUCAAAGGCACACUCAGAAACUUUUGGAACAAAUCCAAUACUAGCUCCCAAUCCUUUCAAUAAUGACUGCAGUGAUAUAAAUAUUUUCUUUUCUCUAACAAGCACUGAUGUGGAAUUACUUAGAUUAUCAGAACCUGCAAUCUCCUUUAAGCCAGGAGCCAUCUGGAUAUCUCAUUCUGGCUAUUCUGAAGCUAAUUUUGACUAUUUAAAUAAAAGAGGCUUAGAAUCGGUCUCCGCGAUCAUACCAGACGAGCCUGAAAAGAUCGGAUCAGACAGCUGCACAAUAAUGGCUCAAGGCAAGGAAAAAACCAUUCUAAAAAUUAUUGGAAUCCUUCAAAUGAUCGGUCAAGUCAAUAUUGAAAAGUAA